ACCUUCUGCUUAUAAUGUACUCCCUUCGUUUUUUUUAUAAGCUAGAGAUGGGAUUGCGCGGACUUUUAGGAGAUUUAAUAAAAUAAGAUGAUAAUGUGGUAAAUAAGGUUAUUAUUUUAUUGAAAGUAAAGUGGUGUGAGAGAAAGUGAGGAUUAUAGGAAAAGUGGGAAAUGAUAAAGUAAGAAAGAGUGAGGACAUUAGUGUAUGAAGAUAUAUUAUUAAAUUAUAGGAGAUUUCCAAAAAUGGAACUCUACCUUAUAAAAAAAACGGAUGAAAAUAGUAACUCUAGCUUAUAAAAAAAACGGAGGGAGUAUAAACAAUGUAUCUAUACUGAGUGUUCCAGCUUGAUGAAAGUUGUAAUUUUGUAAUUAAGAAUUUGUUUGGCAUUGUUUUUUUGUUUUUAGUUUUUAGUUUUCAGUUUAUUUUAUUUUAUUUUAUUUUAUUUUAUUUUAUUAUUAUUAUUUUUUAAAUAAACAACCAAAAACGUAAUAGAAUUUGUUUGGCAUCGUUUUUUUCGUUUUUAGUUUUUUUUUUUUGUAAAACAAAAAACCAAAAACAGAAAACAAGAAAAAGAUGUUUUCUCUAUUCUGUUGUCAGUUUUAAAAAUAUCAUGAUAUUAAUAAGUUUGACUAAUUAUUGAUUCAUUAUACUGUAUGUAAUAUAGCAUAUGAUUUUAAAAACAAAAAACCAAAAAAUUAAAAAGCACAGUAAUACUAAACGAACUCUAAUAUGUUUGUUCUCUGGUGAGUGGCGGAACUUGGGAAGUUAGAAUGCUUGUUGAAGAUUAUGCAUUGUGUUGUUUCUCUAAUUUCAUGUUUUAGAAUCACAAAAAGUGGAAUGAAAGUAUAAUGUACAAUAAAGUUAAACUUUGUUCAAACUUUUGGGUAUAGAAAAGUUUUAAUCUUUGAUUAAGUCAGUUACAGGUGUUUGAAAGUGUUGUAACUCCGAUUAAUUUUAGCUUGGGAACCCGAUUCAUACCCAUGUUUAACCAAUAUGCAGUGGCUGGCUGUGUUUGUACUAGAUUUUCAUUUGGAGGUGAAGAAAAACUUGUGUAUGGUUUUAUCUCUUAUGUCUGUUAAUUUUGAAUUUAGUCAGAUGAAAUGGAAACAAGGUAUUUCCAAAUUCUAAGGCUACUAGGAGUUGGUUACAAAGCCAGAGCUGAAGCAGAUGGUCGCCUGUUGUGCCUAAAACUGGGUUACAGCCAUGAAGUUGAGUUGCCAGUUCCGCCUGCUGUUCGUGUCUUCUGCUUUAAACCCGACAUCAUUUGCUGUGCUGGAAUUGAUAAGGCAAGAACGCAUCAGUUUGCUGCUGCUGUUCGGAGCGUUAAACCCCAUGAUUCUUACAAUGAAAAAGGUAUGCGUUACAAGGAUGAAGUCAUAAAGUUGAAGCUUUGGAAGAAGGACUACAAAUUGAAGAAGUAAAGAGGUUUGAUUAUUAUACUUGCAGAACAUAUAUCUCCUUGUUCCUGUCUAAGUUAAGCUUGUAGUUCGAAUCCUGUUUUCCGUUAAAGUACAGAAGUGUGUAUGAUUUACAAGCAUUUAUCAGGACAGCAAAUUGUUUAUGUUGAAAUGUUGAAUCUCCUUGUGAAGUUGAGAUCAACUCGAAUAAUGUCUUAUCUUUGGAUUUCAUGUAGCAGAACUAAAAUGUU